AUUGUAGCCUUUGAAUUUUAUGUUCACAUAAAAUCGCUUCUAGCUAUAUUUCACGGUAUAUAAAAAUGAUGCUUAAAUGCUCAAUCUGUCAAUCAUAUAAUGUCUAUAGUCUAUUGUUUAUAUGUGUUCUAACAACAUCACCCAACAUUACCGUGAUUUUUUUGUAAAAUUUAUUUAAUGCGAUUUAUCAAAACAUCAGCGCCAUCUAGGUGUAGGAAUAAUAAAUUGUUUUUCACAAAUGCUCGGUCGCUGUUAUCAGUCGUCCCUCGUGCGGUUGUUGAUAACUGAUAAUUCUAAUCACACCAAAACAUAAAAACGUGUUUUCAAAAUUGUUAUUAUUACGUUCAACACUAACUCGUGGAAUUAUUUUUGUUUUAUUUGUAAUUUCGAUUUUCGCCGGUCACACGGUUUUCCGGUGUCAUUUUUGUUUCACACCGUGAUUAACAAUGGCCGAGGAAUUCGAUGACAAGAAAAAAGAACACAGGAAAAGACAUUCUGGCAGGAAAGCUGAGAAAAAAGUCUUAAAGAAAAAAUUAGAUCAAGAUGAAGCUUCUGCCAGAAAAAGGAAUCCCAAAGCAUUUGCUAUUAACUCUGUUGUUAAUGCUCAAAGACGAUUCAGAAGGGCUCAAGAUUUGGAUACCAAAAAACAACAUAUACCUCUUGUUGAUCGUACACCUUUGGAACCUCCGCCAAUUAUUGUUGCAGUUGUUGGGCCUCCAAAAGUUGGCAAAACAACAUUAAUUAAUGGCAUUAUAAAAAAUUUUACUAGACAACCUCUCACUACCAUUAAUGGUCCAGUUACUAUAGUAUCUGGUAAAAGAAGACGUAUUACAUUAAUUGAAUGUAAUAAUGACAUAAAUAGCAUGAUUGAUUUGGCCAAAGUAGCUGAUCUUGUUCUCCUCAUGAUUGAUGCAUCAUUUGGAUUUGAAAUGGAAAUAUUUGAGUUUCUUAAUAUUUGUCAAGUACAUGGAAUGCCUAAGGUAAUGGGUGUUUUAUCUCAUCUUGAUAUGCUAAAAAAUAACAAAACUCUUAAACGUACAAAGAAAUUACUAAAACAUCGAUUUUGGACUGAAGUUUAUGCUGGUGCAAAAUUAUUUUAUUUGUCUGGUGUUCAUAGAGGAGAGUAUGUUCGCAAUGAAGUUAAAAAUUUAGGAAGAUUCAUUUCAGUUAUGAAAUUUAGACCUUUAACUUGGCAAACUUCUCAUUCAUACGUUCUAGUGGAUCGUAUGGAAGAUCUUACACCACCAGAAUUAAUUAGGCAGAAUGUAAAAUGUGAUCGUCGAGUUAGUUUAUAUGGAUUUGUUCGAGGUAUUCCAAUGAAUAAACAGAGUAGUGUCCAUAUACCAGGUUGUGGAGAUUCUCCUAUAUAUGAUAUGUGUUAUCUUCCUGAUCCUUGCCCUUUGCCUGAAAAAUUAAAAAAGAGAAGUUUAGUUGACAAAGAGCGUCUUGUUUAUGCACCAUUUUCUGGAGUUGGUGGAAUUGUAUAUGAUAAAGAUGCUGUAUAUGUUGAACUUGGUGGAAGCCAUUCUCAUAGUAAAAUUAUGAAUAAUACACAAGAUAAUACCCCUGGUCGAGAAUUAGUGAACAAUAUAGUGGAAACUCAAGAUACUUUAGAUCAAAAAAUUGAUCGUAGUGAAGUUCAAAUUUUUUCUAAUACUGAACCAAUUAUUUCAACUGAUUUUGUAGAAAACAAUGAUAAUGAUAUGGAAGAAGAAUUGUCUGUAACUAAUGUAACAGAUCCUAAUGAUGGUCGAAAUCGACGUAAAGUCAUGUUUCGUUCUGAUGAUAUGAAAUUUUCUGAUCUUGAUGAAUCCGAUACUCAAGAUGAUGAUGAUGAUGAUGAUUCUUCUAUUGAAGAUAUUAACCUGGUGAGUGAAGAAAAUAACGAUUCUGAUUCAGAAUGGUCAGACUCAGAAGAUGAAACCGAAAACAAAAAAGAUAAAGCUGAAAAGUCACGUUUUUAUGGACAAUCAUUUGGGAAAGAAAAUGAAAUCAGAAAAAAAAUUGCCAAUGAAUUGGCAAAAUUAGACAAAAUUAACAAAGAAUCAAAAAUUGGCAACUGGAAUGAACAAGAAGAUGAAGAAGAACAAAAUUAUUCAGAUAGUGAUAUUGAAUAUGAUGAAGAUUCUGAUGCUGAAGAUGAUAGUGAAAGUGAAAGUGAUGAAUGUGAUAAUAAUAAAGAGGACAAUAUUAAUACUACAGCAAGUGAUGAAAAUGAUGUAGAUGAUAAAGAUAUAAAAAAAAAUUCAUUCGACAAAUUAUCUCAUAAAAAUUUACAAGAAACAAAUGGAGAAGAUUCAACAUUAAAUUGGAAGAAAAAUUUGGCACAAAAAGCAACUAAUGCAUAUUAUGAGCGACAAAAUUCAGUUGCUAAUCUAUGGAAUUUAGUUUAUGGUGAUGAAGUUAAUGAACAAAAAAAUAAUAACGAGUUAAAUGAUGAUGAAGAUGAAUUAGGAGGUCUAUUUAGAGUAUCUUCAAUGAAAAAUAUUAAAAAACAAAGAGAAAAAGAUGACAUGAAUUUAGAAGAUGUAUCAAAAUUUAAUGUUGAUCAUCAUCAUGACUGGAGUUCAUCAGAGGUUUGUGGUACUAUAAAAGACAUGUUUGUAACUGGUAAAUGGAAUCGUAAUGAAGAUGCUACUGCACUCCUUGAAAAUGAUGAUGAAGAACUGUAUGGUGAUUUUGAAGAUUUGGAAACUGGAGAAAAAGUCGAGGGCCAAGAUUUUGAUUCUGAUAACGAUAGCGUUAUUGAAAAACCCAAUAAACCAUUAACUGAAGAUGAAUUGAUUGAAAAAAAGAAAAAAUUAAAAGAGCAGUUUGAUGAAAACUAUGAUGAUAAAGAAGGAGGUCCAAGUACAUAUUAUGAUGAAUUAAAGGAAGAAGCUUCUAAACAAGCACAACUCAACAAGAGCCAGUUUGAAGGAAUGGAUGAUGAAAUCCGUGUACAACUAGAAGGAUAUAGAGCUGGAAUGUAUGUUCGGGUAGAGUUAGAUGCAAUGCCAUGUGAAUUAGUAAGCAAUUUUGAUCCAUCUUACCCAUUGAUUGUAGGAGGAUUACAAAGUGGAGAAGAAAAUAUUGGAUUUUUGAAAGUACGAAUUAAGAAACAUAGAUGGUACAAUAAAAUACUCAAAAACCGAGAUCCUAUUAUUAUAUCAAUGGGUUGGAGAAGAUUUCAGACGUUACCAAUAUUUUCCAAACAAGAAGAUAAUAUGAGACAUAGGAUGCUUAAGUACACACCUGAACACGUCAUGUGUAUGGCCCACUUUUGGGGUCCAAUGACUAAACAUGGUACUGGAUUUUUAGCUGUGCAAGAUGUUUCAACCAAACAGGUUUGUAAAAAAAAUGUUAUAAGAUGUUUAAUUUUUUUUCCAUUAUAUGUUUGUUUAAAGACUGGUUUCAGGAUAACAGCUACCGGAACGGUUGUAGAUACAGACCAAUCUACUCAAGUUACUAAAAAGUUAAAAUUGACAGGCACUCCUCUAAAAAUUUACAAACGUACAGCAUUUAUUAAAGAUAUGUUUAAUUCUACUCUGGAGGUAACUAAAUUUGAAGGAGCUCGUAUUAAGACUGUUUCCGGUGUUCGAGGCCAGAUUAAAAAAGCUUGCUCAAAACCAGAAGGUUCAUUCAGAGCAACUUUUGAAGAUAAAAUUAAAAUUAGUGAUAUUGUGUUUUGUCGUACGUGGUACAACGUUGAAGUUCCAAAACUUUAUAAUCCAGUUACAUCAUUGCUGUUACCUUUGAAUGAAAAAAAUUCUUGGCGUGGUAUGAAGACUACAGGACAAUUAAAAAGAGAACAAGGCAUUAAAGCACUCCCCCAAAAUGAUUCUAUGUAUACUCCAAUACAUAGAAGUAUGAAACAUUUCAAGCCUCUCAAAUUGUCUAAGAAUUUGCAAGCUCAGUUACCUUAUGUAGACAAACCCAAGACGUUGGCAACCGCUAAAUUAGACUUGAAAAAACAACGUGUGGCUGUGGUUAGAGAUGGUCAUGAAGAACAGGUUGCUUCUUUAAUGAAGAUGAUUCGUACCACUUAUAAGGAGAAGAAACGAAAAGAUAGAAAAGACAUGAGAGUGAGAGUUAGGAAACAUAAGAAAGACAUCCAAACAGAAGUAAGGGCCAAAUAUAAAAGAGAUCAACAAAAGAAAAAAGCUGUUAUGCGAAAACGUACAAAAAUGUCAUCUAAUAAAUAAUUUAUGUUUUGUCUAUUGUUUACUAUUUUAAAUCAAUAUCUUAAAUUGUUUUAUUUUAUUUAAGUAAAAUAAAAACCAAAUCAAUUUGUA